AUGGCUUCGCCUAACGAAUUUGAUCAAUAUCUGAGCCCAUUAGGCUCGUACAAUGGCAAACACUUUGAGACUUAUGAUGAUAUGGCGACUUGGAUAUUUCAACAUGCAUUAUCAAGGUCAAAUCUAGAAAAAGAUCCUGUGCUAGCAUAUCUAAUGUAUUCACCCGAUCCUAUACUAUCGUUACCGAGCACUCGUUCAAUCGAACGACCUGAAUUUGAUUGCAACCGUGUUGAUGAGUCCAUUGACAUGUGGCUCGAACCUAGCGAACAAUCGAGUCCACCUCCGCCUAGUGAAAUACAUUUCGAACCAAUCAACAAUUCAUCGAAUGAUUCUUUUAAUGUUGGUUUUGGAAUGUCCAAAGUGAUAUACGAUACGCCUAAUAUCGAGCUAGAGUCUAUGCGCGAUUGCGAUCAACGGUCAUUGCAGGAAUCCGACGGAAAUCAGGAAUCAUCACAACUAGACGAGUGGUCUAUUUUGGAUCCCAAUAGUGGACGACUACGUCGACCCUUGUUGCAUGAAUUUCUCCGACAGUUGCUCGAUAACGAAAAGUAUUCUAAUAUUGCUACAUAUAUUGAUAGAGAGCAAGGCAUAUUUAAAUUUCAUCAAAAAAAAGUUGCUGCUCAAUUAUGGCAACAUGCGAAAGGACGAAAUUCAGAUUCAGUGAUGACCUAUGAGAAAUUAGCCAGAGCCAUUCGCUACUACUACAGUGGUGGAAUUAUUCGUCCAACGCCAGGACGUUUUACGUUUCGCUUUGGUUCGAGCUCAGGUAUUAUAUUGGCAUUUAAUAAGCGUAGUCCAACUGAAAUAGCUGAAGCAAUAAAAAGUUUUAAUUUGGCUUUAAUUUCAAAUGAACUUGUACAACAUUUAAUUCAAUAUAUUCCUAAUAAUAAUGAGAUCGAUGCUCUUCGUCAAUCGCCUAUCGAUAAAGAACAAUUAUCUCCAACGGAUCGACUCAUGUUUGAAAUUAUUCAAAUACCAUUCUAUAUGGAACGAUUGAAUACAUUGAAAUUCAAACUCACCUUUGCUGAUAAUUGUGAUACAUUGAACAAGCAAAUGCACAUAAUUAAUGAAGCAUGCAUCUUUUUAUAUCAAUCGAAGCAUAUUAAAAUAUUACUCGAGAUUAUACUCUCAGCUCUAAAUCAUUUAAAUUCCACUCCAACCAAUCGAAUUCUUACACUUGAUGAUUUAUCUAAAAUAUACGAUUUGAAAACAUCGAAAACGCGUACACCAAUUAUGAAUAUUGUUUCAAAGAUAUCCAUUGAUCGUCAUCCGGAAAUUUUAGACCUUAAACAAAAUUACAAUUUAAUUUUCUCUGCCAGCAAAAUCGAUUUAGUUUUAACCAGAUCUGAAAUCGAACAAAUGAAAAACCAAUCGGAGGAAAUAAAAUUGUGGAUGAACAAAUUCGAUAAGAAUGCAAUGAUUCAGAAGUUUCUUCUGGACUGUCAAGGGACGCUACAAAACCUAACUCAACAUUAUCAGAAAACAAACGAUGGAUUCGAUAAAACAGUUUCUUAUUUUUCAAACGAAACAACAACAUCAACUCAUUUUUUUUCUAUUUUUGCCAAUUUAAUUCAUUCAUUGCAGAUCAAACGAUUAACAACAUAA